AUGGCAGAUCUACGGAGGUGGACGAAGAAGGAAAGGCUGCUGCGAGAUGUGGUUGAAUCGAUCAGUGAAUUCGUGCAAAACUAUGACGAUACUCGUGACAAAGUGUCAGUGAACGCUAGGCUUAAAAAGCUUGAUGAAGUGUACAAUGACUUUUGUGAAGUGCGAUUGAACAUUGAGUGCAUCCUGGAAGAAGACGACGAACUCACCGAAACAGAUGAGAAGGAAGAAGAUCAAGUGAAACGGAAAGCACUGCUCCAGAAGAUGGAUGAAUCAAACCGUAAGGUCAUGAAGGACUUUGCGAACCAGUACUUCAAUCUCAAGAACCUACUCCAAGCAUUCCAGGCUUGCCCGGGGGCAGGUACCAGCACGGCCGCAGCUUCAGUUGCGCAGCAAGCACCAGUCCCAACGAUGCGAGUGAAGUUACCAGAACUCAAGCUGCCAGUUUUCCGUGGAUCUCUGAUGGAAUGGGUCACAUUCAGAGAUACGUUCCAAAAUCUGAUUGUGGGCAACCCCCAUCUGUCGGACAUCGAUAGGUUCACAUACCUACGAUCAUCGCUAGCAGGUGAAGCGCUACAACAGAUCGCUUCGAUAGAUCUGACGGUAGCUAACUAUUCCAUAGCGUGGAAGUCUUUGGAAUCACGUUAUGAGAAUAAGAAGUUGCUGGUGAAAUCUCAUCUCGACGCACUAUUUGCAGUGCAACCAAUGAAGAAGGAGACGUUCGACUCUCUCAAUCAUGUUGUCAACGAGUAUGACAAGCACCUGCAAAUGCUUGACAAACUCGGCGAGCAGACAGCAGACUGGAGCACACUGUUAGUCCACAUGCUGUUGAGCAAGCUAGAUGCCACAACGCUUCGUUUAUGGGAAACGGAGCAUCGUUCAAAGGAUGUUCCCAAGUUUGACAAUUUGAUGGACUUCCUGAGAAAUCAUCGUACAGUUCUACGAUCAAUCACCGGAGAAUCAACCGGUCCAUUGGAACAGAAGAAGGUACCUCGGGUAAGCAACAGUUACGCCGGUGUUCAGUCUUCUUGUUCGUUGUGUGGUGAAGGACAGCACCCGCUGUUCCAGUGUAAGCGGUUCAAAUCCAUGAAGGUCGAUGACAGGAGAAGCACUGUGAAAUCAACUCAGCUUUGCUUCAACUGUUUGUCUCGAGGUCACGUGGCAAAAGCCUGCACUCGAGGAACAUGUCGCGUUUGUGGUCAGCGACAUCACUCUAUGCUGCACCUGAAGGCGAAUGAUUCUCCGGACAACCAGUCAAUUCCACAGUUGAACAAACGGUCGCAACAGAACCCACAAUCAAUACAGACACCCACAACCUCACCAAUCAAUAAGCAAACACUCAAUAAUUCCCAGAAUUCCACAAGUCUCCCAUCCACAAUCUCCACUCCUGCUAUUCCAAAUCCGCAAAGUUUCUCGCCACUUGCCACAGACAUUCCUAAUGUGGUACUCUCUGCUAAUGUACCCAAGAGUCCACGAUCAGUUCUACUCGCAACUGCGAUCGUGGUUCUUGAAGAUCAAUUUGGGAAUACUACACAAGCUAGAGCUUUGCUAGACAGCGGUUCUCAGCUUUGCUUUAUUUCGGAGCAUGCGUCACAGCGUUUGAAGUUCAAGCGCUCACGCGAAGCACUAUCGAUCAGCGGUAUUGGUCAAGCAGCACGGAAGUGCAAGCAAUCGGUCUUUGCUCGAGUUCGCUCUCGCGUAUCUUCCUUCUCCGGGGAAGAAACCUUCUACGUACUACCCAAUGUGACGCUGAAUUUGCCUACCAGGAAGGUGGACGCAUCCAAGUUGAAGCUUCCGGAGGAUAUUGUACUAGCGGAUCCAUUCUUCACUGAACCAAGCAACGUCGACAUGAUUAUCGGAGCGGGACUUUUCUUUGACUUGCUACGCAACGAGAAGAUCUACCUGGGAGAAAAUGGACCAGUAGCGCAGAACACCACCCUCGGCUGGAUUGUUUGUGGAAACUUGCUGGACAACUCGGACGUGCGAAGACCUCACGUUGCCAACACAUGUACGGAGAAACUGGAUGAACUUUUGACACGUUUUUGGGAGUUAGAGACGUGUAAAACAGUGUUUUCUCAUUGGAGGAAUAUGCCUGCGAGAAGUUUUUCGAUCGCACUACGGUCCGAGAUGCAACAGGAAGAUUUGUAG